CGGAAGUGCAGGCCCCGGAGCGGAGCCGCCAUCAUGGCCGACAAGAUGGACAUGUCCCUGGACGAUAUCAUCAAGCUGAACCGCAGCCAGCGGGGGGCCGGUCGCGCCGGGGGCGGCCGCGGAGGCCGGGGCCGAGGAGGCGCCGCCCGCGGAGGGGGGCCCGGCCGGGGCAGUGUUGGCGUCGGGCGAGCAGGAGGCGGCGGCCCCCUGCGGAACAGGCCGAUCAUGGCCCGAGGCGGCGGCAGGAACCGGCCCGCGCCCUACAGCCGGCCAAAGCAACUCCCCGAAAAGUGGCAGCAUGACCUGUUUGACAGCGGCUUUGGGGCUGGGGCAGGCGUGGAAACCGGGGGGAAGCUCCUGGUUUCUAAUCUAGACUUUGGUGUGUCGGAUGCAGAUAUCCAGGAGCUCUUUGCAGAGUUUGGGACUUUGAAGAAGGCAGCGGUGCAUUAUGAUCGGUCUGGACGCAGUUUAGGGACAGCAGAUGUGCAUUUUGAAAGAAAGGCAGAUGCUCUGAAAGCUAUGAAGCAGUACAAUGGAGUCCCCCUGGAUGGGCGCCCUAUGAACAUUCAGCUGGUUACAUCACAGAUAGACACACAGCGGAGACCAGCACAGAGUGUAAUCAGAGGAGGCAUGACCAGAAACCGUGGUGGUUCAGGAGGAUUUGGUGGUGGAGGUGGCAACAGGCGAGGUAACCGUGGUGGGAACCGAGGGAGAGGCAGAGGGGCUGGAAGAAGUUCCAAACAGCAGCUCUCUGCAGAAGAACUAGAUGCACAGUUGGAUGCUUAUAAUGCCAGGAUGGACACCAGUUAAAGCAGUGAGCACAUCCCCUGCAUGGAAAGGACUCCAGACAUCUCAUUCCAUGCUCUCCGGAGGGAGGGGUGUAUGACUGUGGCCACUAAUAUCAAGGAUGGAAUUUGUUUUACUUUUAUGUUUGGAAUAGGUUUUAAACUCAUGUAAAGGUUUUUUUUUAAUUCUGAAACAGAUCUGUUUUGUACCGAGUUAUUUUUGGGAUAAAUUUUACUGGUUGCCUGUUGGGCUGAGGUGGUUUUUUCACCUUUGCCGUAAUAAAAUAGAAAUGUGUCUAGAGCUGUAAACGUCUGCUUCGUGUUGCAGCUGGAGUCCAGGGAUGGAGCCUGGCCUGGGGCUGCAGGAAUGUGAAUAUGGUGGGUAGGGAUCAGGGAAAUUGGUAUGCAGGUCCAUUUCUAAAUGUUGGUGUCAAGUCACUCUCCUCUGAGGAAGGGGGGGUUGCUGUUCUGCCUCAGAUCUUCCCUGUCCCCACAGUGUCAGUGGUGGCCUGUUAACUGUGCACACCCAACUUCCCUGUGCUGAGUAGAGCCUGUGGGUAGCUGCACAAUCAAAUACUGCUCUAUUUAAACAUCUGCCUGAAAUGAAAUGAAGACUCACUCCAGUGUAACGAGUUAAUAAAAGGUGCACAAACCUCCUUGCUGGUCUCUGGGAGGAGGUGAAAUUCUUGUUGAAGUUGUUUUGUAUUUAACACUUGGUUCCAAAGUUCAGUGCUGGUCCCACCUCUUCAGUAUUUUUACUGUAAACAGUUGCUGUGCAAAUUCAGUGACUCUAAAAUGCCAAGUAAAGAUUUAGUCUUUCAACUA